GCGCCAAGCAGCCAUUCGCAUGCGAUACCCCUAAACUCCCCGCCUCGUGGCCUGCUCUCUCGCGACUAGCAAACUUCACGCCAACGAGAGCUGUACAUGCGAUAGGUCCAUUGCCAGUUAUUUACUGUAAGUAUCUUAAAUAGCAUAUCACCUGUUAGAAACUGUGCAAUCCAAGCAAGUAUGGCGGAGAAUCGACUGCCAGGCCACCUGAGCCAGCGUGCAGGGCGGGCCAUUAGGCCAGCUUUGAGCUAUUUCAAAGCUUUCAUGGAAGCUAAGAGCAGGCAGUGGUCGCCGGAGGACCCGGAAGGCAACAUUAUUCUCACUGUUGCGGAGAACCGCAUCAGCAGCGACAUCGUGCGGGAGCGUCUGAGUCAGGCAGCGGCGGACUUUCCCGAGGAGGCCCUCACCUAUCAGGACAUGCGCGGCAUUCCGGCACUGCGCCAGGGGCUGGCGCGACUGCUGGAGCGCACCUUUAUGAAGGGCAUCUCCGUGGACCCUGACCAGCUGUCUGUGUCGGCGGGCGCCGGCGCCGUCAUCGAGAACCUGUUCCACUGCAUCGCCGGGCCCGGUGACAUUGUGCUCAUCCCUGCGCCCUACUACCCAGCAUUCGACAACGACCUGCAGGUCAAGUGCGGUGUUGUGCCGUGGCCCUUCCACCUGGAUGAGGACCGACCCCUGGGGCCGCAGCUCAACGCCGCAGCCGAGGCCGCAGCCGCUGGAUCCAACGGCGCCCCGGAAUCUGGAUCUGAAUCCAAUGGAUCUCGGCGGCCGCGUGUGGCUGCCCUGCUGUACACCAGCCCCAACAACCCGCUGGGGACCAUGUACCGGCGGGACACGGUGGUGGAGCUGCUGCGGUGGUGCUUGGAGCAUGAGGUGCACUGCGUCAGUGACGAGAUCUACGGCAACAGUGUGUUUGGCGAGGGCGCCUCCUUCACAAGCGCCGAGGUCAUUGCACGGCAGGAGGCGGCGGGCCUGCCGCACCCGGCGCGGCUGCCCGACCUGCUGCAUGUGGUGUGGGGGCUGAGCAAGGACUUCUGCGCCUCGGGGCUGCGGGUGGGCUGCCUGCACUCCCGCAACACCCAGCUGAACAAGGCGCUGGACAACCUGGGCUACUUCUGCGCCGUGGCCAACCCGGUGCAGUGGGGCCUGGCCGCGGCGCUGGCGGACGGCGACUGGCUGCGCCACUUCCUGGACACCAACCGGGCCCGCAUGGCGGCGGCGUACGGACAGCUGGAGGCUGCUCUGAACGAGGCGGGUAUCCCGCACGUCAAGGCCGACAGCGCCAUGUUCUGCUGGGUGGACCUCAGGGCCUGGCUGCCUGCGCCCACCUGGGAGGGGGAGGCGGCUCUGUGGGAGGAGAUGUGCACCGCCUGCCGCGUGCUGCUCACACCAGGCGAGCAGUGCCACGCGGCGGAGCCGGGCUUCUUCCGGGUGUGCUGGGCCUGGAUGCCCGGCGACUCGCUGCCGGUGGCGGUGCGGCGGCUGGCUGCGCACUUUGGAGCCAAGAAGGACAAGGAGGACAAGGCGCAGUAGGGGCAGUAGGGGCAGCAGUAGAGUGGGGCUAGGGGGCUUGGUGUAAAAGGGGAGGAGGACUUUGUGUGUGUGUGUGGGGGGGGGGGGUUCGCCAUGGCGAAGCACAGGGCGAGGAGAGGCUGUGUGGCAUACCGCAUACGGUAUUGACGGCAGGCCGCAGCGUCGAGGAUGGUGGUAUAGUCAAGAGCAGCAAUACUUAAUUAUUACAACAUACACACAUACACACAUGACCGUCUACAAGUGAUCCGGGGCUGAGUCGUGAGCACACACUGCGUUUGCUGUUGUGAUGUUGAGGCGGCGGCGGCGGUGGCGGCGGCGGCGGCCAGGUCGAGCCUGGUGGGGCUCCCACGGAGGAGAGGCGUGCUCAGUGAUGUGACAAAUGUUGAAAAGAGCACAAGCGAUUCUGUGUGUGUGUUGUCUGUGUAGUGCGGGCUGCACGCCUCUGGUAUGGGUGCUAUCGACGUGCGGGUGCGCAGUCGUGCGAGUCAUGAAAGAGCGUGCGGCAGGCGGUUGAGGAAGGACAGGAGGGGCGUGCUGCGUGUGAUCUGUCAUCUGCGGCGGUGUGGCAUGUGCCAAUGCGGGCUGAGCGGUCUGGUGUGGGUGCAGGAGUGUGCGUGCGGUCCGGUCGGGUCGUGGGAGUCUUGGGGAAAAGAGAGCGGCGUGUGUGGUGAACACAGGCGGGCCCCCAGCCCAGUGACGGGGCUGGGGGCACAGGCAGGCUGGAGAGGCACAGGCAGGGCUGGAGAGGCACAGGCAGGGCUGGGGGCGCCCAGUGACAUGCCCAGUGCUUUCGGAGCUGCUUGCGAAGGUUUGUGAGCUAAAUGGUGUGUAAAGAGAAUGCGAC